GUGUCGCCGCCAUAUUGUCAGGAGAGAGCGGCAGAGGCAUCAGACAGGGAAGGUUAUUGCUCUCACAUAUACGCAAAGAUAUAGGUUAAACUUCCAUAAUUCAUAGCAACAAAGAUGAGUGACAUUGACGAAACAGCCUACGAAGGGAGGGAGUCACGUUCACCAUCCAAAUCUCCAAGCGGGAGUGCUGGCCGUGUAAAAUCAGAAAGCCGCUCUGCAUCUCGCAGCCCAUCUAGGGCAUCGAAACGUUCAGAAUCCCGCUCCCGAUCAAGGUCCAAGUCAAGAUCUCACUCAAGAAGACAUUCGCAUCGGCGUUAUUCACGCUCCAGAUCACGAUCCCAUUCACACCGAAGGCGAUCUCGUAGUAGGUCUUACACACCCGAUUAUCGAUCACGCAGAAGGAGCCGCAGUCACUCCCCAAUGUCCAGCCGAAGGCGCCAUGCAGGAAGUAGAACGGGACAUGUGUCAGCGAAACACGGAGCGUUGAUAGUAGAUGUGGAGAAGUCCGCUGCCAGGACUGCCCCAUCGUCCCAGAUGAAGGAUGAUUCCUGGAGGCGAACAGGAUAUGGGAAGAAAGAAGGGAAACUCGGUUCUCAAAACGCUAAUCCAGAUCCAAACACUUGCCUAGGUGUUUUUGGUCUUAGUUUGUACACCACUGAACGUGAUCUUCGUGAAGUUUUCUCUCGGUAUGGGCCAUUGGCUGGAGUCAAUGUUGUCUAUGAUCAAAGGACUGGUCGUUCACGGGGAUUUGCGUUUGUUUACUUUGAAAGACUGGAGGAUGCUAAAGAGGCAAUGGAGCGUGCAAAUGGAAUGGAACUGGAUGGUAGACGAAUUCGUGUUGAUUAUUCUAUUACAAAGAGGCCCCACACUCCCACUCCUGGGAUUUACAUGGGACGACCUACUCACAGUAGUGGUGGAGGUGGUGGUGGAGGACGUCGCCGCGAUUCUUACUAUGAUCGAGGUUAUGAUAAAUAUGAUCGAUAUGAUGACCGGGACUAUGAUUAUCGAUACAGUAGACGACGAUCACCAUCACCCUACUACAGCAGAGGAUACCGAUCACGCUCGAGAUCUCGAUCCUAUUCACCACGUCGUUACUGACCAGACUUCUGCUUGCUGGACAACUGUCUGAAGAUUUUUAAUCACUGUGUUACAGUAACUUUUUUGGGAGGGUGGGGUGCAGAGGGAGGGGAGAUGGGUGGGGUUUGGGUUAACAUUUUGGUAGUUGUGCAUGAUAGUUUCUGUGCCUGUAUACUGCUUUGGAAAGGCCAUUCUAAAAGCUACUUGCUUGAACUGAUUUAUGUAGUUCAUAACCUGAUGUAAGGAAAGGACAGGGCUGGAAUUUCAUGGUAAUCUCUUAAUUACCAAGUACUGGUUGUUUUUGAACAUGCAAAUGCCAACAGUCAUUAGUUUUGUGAUGGUGUUUGAUUUUUUUGUCAUGGGGUUGUUUUUGCUGUUUGAAACUGUCCUAGAGUUCUGAGGUGUAUUUUUUUUAUUCAAAGAAAAUCUGAUGUAAACCUGGCAAAAAAAAUCAGUAUAUGCAUUUUACAAAAUAACUAUUAAAAAUGUACAGAAAGGUAGUCAGUUGUGUCAUGUCCUUCUGAAAGAUUCUAAAAAGAUUUUGCAAGUUUUGGAACCUAUUGAUUUAGAUGAGUACAAGUGGAAAAUUGACUUUCUGCAUUGAUUGAAAAUGUGAUGUGACAGAACUCUUUGUCUUCACAAUUGUAAAGGAUUACAAGGAUUAAAUUUUUUUUGUUUUUAGUUAAUUGUGUAUUUCUAUAUUUUGACCUGCAAGGUAGAUCCUGCACAUCAACCAACUGCUAUAAUGUACAACAGUUUAAUAAAAAUUAAAGAUGCCUCGGAGGGCGAUA